AUGUUCUGUGCAUCCUCUCUACUAUACAACCAAGUAUACAGAAAUAGAAGAAAGGAAACCUCUCUACUAUACAACCAAUAUACAGAAAUAGAAGAAAGGAAACCUCUCUACUAUACAACCAAGUAUACAGAAAUAGAAGAAAGGAAACCUCUCUACUAUACAACCAAGUAUACAGAAAUAGAAGAAAGGAAACCUCUCUACUAUACAACCAAGUAUACAGAAAUAGAAGAAAGGAAACCUCUCUACUAUACAACCAAGUAUACAGAAAUAGAAGAAAGGAAACCUCUCUACUAUGCAACCAAGUAUACAGAAAUAGAAGAAAGGAAACCUCUCUACUAUACAACCAAGUAUACAGAAAUAGAAGAAAGGAAACCUCUCUACUAUACAACCAAGUAUACAGAAAUAGAAGAAAGGAAACCUCUCUACUAUACAACCAAGUAUACAGAAAUAGAAGAAAGGAAACCUCUCUACUAUACAACCAAGUAUACAGAAAUAGAAGAAAGGAAACCUCUCUACUAUACAACCAAGUAUACAGAAAUAGAAGAAAGGAAACCUCUCUACUAUACAACCAAGUAUACAGAAAUAGAAGAAAGGAAACCUCUCUACUAUACAACCAAGUAUACAGAAAUAGAAGAAAGGAAACCUCUCUACUAUACAACCAAGUAUACAGAAAUAGAAGAAAGGAAACCUCUCUACUAUACAACCAAGUAUACAGAAAUAGAAGAAAGGAAACCUCUCUACUAUACAACCAAGUAUACAGAAAUAGAAGAAAGGAAACCUCUCUACUAUACAACCAAUAUACAGAAAUAG